GUGACAUGGAUAUGGACGUUAAGCCGUGAAACUAUCCAUCCGCAUCGCCCGCCUACUUCCCUGUCGAUCCGUAUCCGUCUGCUUGUUAGAACGACCACCAACAAGAAACAUGGAUCGGGAGACAAACCGAGUGCGCGUUUCCCGUGCCUGUGAUCGCUGCAAGAAAAGAAAGAUCAGGUGCACUGGCACGCAGCCGUGUAAUAUUUGCAUUCGAGCAGCAGCAUACUGCCUUUACACUACACCCCACAAUCGGGGUCGACGCCCUCCCCCAGUAGCUCCAUCCAACUUACAGCAACCAGGAAGCACCGACAGAAAUGAGAAUGCCAAUGAUUUGGAUGAAAGCUCAUUGCACUAUCAAUCCAACAUUCAGCCUUUGUCGCAAGCUGCGCGGGAGCGUUCGCCAGAUGUCAUCAUGACAGCAGCUGAGCCGCCCUCCCGGGCCUCACCAGCACCUGCUCUAGCAGACCUUCAGGGCCACUAUGUCGGGCCCGCUUCUGGUGUUUCCUUUCUGCAACGGAUCCAGAAACAACUCCAUCACAGCGACCGUACGUGGUCCACUUUCACAUUUGGGGAUGCACCUCUCCCUGAGUUUGAUCCGACUUGCUGUGUCAUGAUGUCCAGGGAAGAGACAACUCGCCUUUUCGAGAGAUACUUCGACUUCACUGUGCCUGUAGACCGGUUUUUGCACCGGCAAACUCUUGAAGCUUGGCUUGCAGAGUUUCACGAUACAAUGGGUGCUAUGAGGAACAAUGAUCAUGCACCUGCAAGGCGAGCCGUCUUGUGGAUGGUCUUUGCAUUAGCCCAGGAACACAUGAACCAGAACCAAACUACAGGGAACGAUAAUAAUGAUAGAAGCACUCGCUUUUUUCUAGCAGCCGAUUAUCAACUGUCUAGAGAGAGGGGAGCAGUAAGUCUCGCUAGCGUCCAGGCACGCCUGUGCCAAUGCCUCUGGCUCCUUUCCCAGUCACGUAUGAACCAUUGCUGGCAAUUAUUUGGAUCCGCUGCACGUCUAGCUCUCGCCCUUGGACUGCAUCGUUGCGGUCGUGCAGAACCAGCCAUUGCCUGCAACAGGAUCGAACUUGAAAGCAGCCGAAGAACGUUUUGGAAUGCGUAUUGCCUUGAUAAUUACCUUAGUAUAGUCUUUGGCAGACCAAGAUUGUUCCACGACGAAGACGUGGAUCAGGAGUUACCGUCUUCUGCAGAUGACGCAGACAUAUUUGCCGAUCAUAUUGCUCCUCAGAGUGACCAUGCUUAUUCUAUCAUGCUUGCCCCCGUUGCAUAUUUCAAACUCUCUCGCAUUGUCAGCAUGAUAUUGCGGGAUCUUUAUCCUAUACGUCCUUUACGUACUGCUGAUCGAUGCGCUUUUGCCGCCAAGUACUCUCAAAACCUCAAAACAUGGCGUGCAGAGGUCCCUCGUUUUCUUAACGCAGAGAACAAGGAUAGAGCUCCACUCAUUCCCAUAUUUCAGCGUCAGCGAAACAUACUGAACCUUGCCUAUUGGCACACUGUCAUUCUUACACACAGGCCUUUCCUACUAAGUAAUCGGAUCCAUAUAACCAACACUAGCCGUGCUAGCCAACUGGGUCCACAUAGAGCACAAAUCGAGGAGAGUGUAGACCAGUGUCUUCGUGCUGCAUUGUGCGUAGUCGAAAUAAUGAACGAACUUAGCAACUCUGGCCAGAUGUUUCGGUCUUUUUGGUUGUCUUCAUACUUCACCUUCUCCGCCGCUGCUAUCCUCUACGUUUACACGGUGCAACAAAGAACCGCUCCUCCCGCGGAAUGCCAAAAUUAUUACUUCGCUGCGACACAGUGCCAGAGACAUUUGGCCAACCUAGCCGAGCCUGGUUCGCUUGUUGAAAGAUACUGCCUUGUUCUAGAGGAGCUUCGUAAAGAAGCCCUCAGCGUGAUCGAGAGACCGCUGCGCCCUGCCGGUUCUGAUAUGAUCGAAAGUGGGGUUCCUCCAAUUAACAUCGAUCAAGGCCCAAGUGUGCUUGAUGGUCAAGUGUCGUUCCCUAAUCCCGGGGUGGGAGAUCCAGUCGACUUCCAGUCUAGCCCUGAGAACUCCCUGGCGGAUAUGGCUGCCUGGUUACAAUUCGAAUCUAUGGCAGUUUCUGGUUUCAGCCAGCACCCCCAAUGGUUUAACGGCAUCGUGUACACUGAAGGGCCGCAAUAGUAAUGAUGAUGAUUCAAACUAUAUCAGUGGAAAUCCGAGAUAGACUCCGGACGUAUCUAGCUCUGUAUUCAAGACGAGGCCUAUCCUUGGCCCAGUUCCAGUCACGGCUGGAUAGGUAGCUUUGACGAUUGAAACUUUCUACGCAAAAAGGGUCUAUGAUUAGGUGUUUUCGUAUCAAGUUUUAUUUGGGAUAUCGAAAGCUGUAUACUUGCGUUUUAUUUUUGUGUACCGAUACAAGUCGCUAUGGAAACGAUACUCUGGAUCAUCGUCGAUUGGUGAUGUAGCAACAUCAUGUACGCUUAAAGCAACCCGAGUUUUUGGCUUUUUCUCGUUGGGCUUUGCAUGGGGCGAUAUUGCGC